UUUUCCUCCGGAGCUGCUCUUCGUAUCACUCAUACGCCUCUCUCCUCUGCUAAAUUUGCUCCCUUCAACAUACAAAAUAACAUUCGCCGGCCUGUCGUAUAUCUUAUUUUGGUGCGUAAAUUUAUUUCACUUGUUUUUUGGCUCCUUUGCUCAUGCACUGUCCUUCGUGACAGCUACGUUCUUUCAGAUACUUGCAUCGGUGCGUUAUUGCAUGCUCAGAAGUAUCCCUCUUUGACAAUACUUCUUUAGAAUGACUCAAACCCCGUUCAAUGAGGAAUUGGACUUGUUCAACAGGCCAUCCUCUCCAGCCUUUCCCCUUCCUGACGCCAACUAUGCGUAUGAACAAUUUGGUGGAGGCCGUCGGUAUGAAGAACCAACAGUCGAGCUGACUCCAUCAAGGUUGAGGAGUCAUCUUAAGGCCACAGCGCGUGACACCGGUGUCAUCAAAGGUGCUUCUAUUCGACGAAGGGGGGGCCAACCAAAUGCAGACAGUCAAGGUUCUGCGCAAUCAGGCACUGCAUCUUUGCAAGGUUCUGCGCAAUCAGGCCCAAGCGCUGCAUCUUUGGACCAGCCUCAAGAUGGAGCGAGUGAUUCAACACUUACCAUUGCACUGAGCGGCACUCGGCACCACUCACCAUUUACAGGCGAUGUAACAUCACUCACUGUCCCACAGGGCAGCAGUCGCCACCCAUCACCCUUCACAGGUGACGCGGCUUCCCGACCCCCAGCUCCCGCACCUCUCCAAGACAUGUUCUAUGGUUCGAUGAGUGACCAGCCUACUUGGACGGGCCAACAGACAACUAUGUUUGAUCUCAUGGGCGCCGAACCGUUCACAACCUUACUCAGGGAUCAGGCUCCAGAUCCUUCAGGCUUCAUACAAAGCUUCCCCGGUCAAGUCCCACCAUUUGAUCUUCACCGCGCAUCUCACUCAGCCCCUCAAGCUGGUCCUGCGCUUCCGCCCUCCACGAACAUUAUUCCACCCACACCACUGAAGGACAUGAAUGAUCCUAGCGUCCCCACUGCACACACCCCAAGUCCUGGGCCAAGUCAGCAACUCGACUUGAGCCACUACUCUCCUGACUCCAGCAUCCACGAACGGUUUCCUGAAGAAAGCCUUACUUCACGCUCUGAGGAACUACCAGUCGUGGGACGCAGGUCUGCAGAGACCAACGAUGCACUUGAUGCAGGGUUUGCAGCCAUCGAUAAGACCUUACUUGAAUUAUCCAGGUCUACUGCGAUGCCAAUGCAUCAAGUGAUCAACCUGUUCAUGAAGAGCCGUGGACGCACCGCAAGCAGCAUCAAUUACUGGAACCUUUAUUCUAAUUAUUUCAAGGACAACUCACAGCAGGAACUCGCCCGACUUCAUCAAGAUCUUCCAGUUGGAGCACGCACACCUAGCGCUACUGUGCGUAAAGACUGCUACGCGAAGUUCAAAGAACAAUACCCCGACACAUUUCAAGAUAUCCUUGACAUGCAUGACGAGAUAUCUUCGUUAGGUGGAUUGCCUCAAACAGUUAGUCAGCGCGCGCAAGCAUUCCAGAGGCUUCAGAAAAGGGUGACGAAUAUUUUAGAUGUUGCAUCCGCUAAAUUCGGGUUUGAGUCUGCGACUGUUAUGUGUGGCAAGAUUGUCAAUCAGGAUGCUUCUCUCGGUCACGUACACACAACGCCUGGAGCAACAGACUUCUUUCUCAUGCGAUGCCGCGCAGACAAUGACACUAUCAUCGGUCACCUCAAAGCCCAAGUUUAUAACUCCAUAUCAUUAUCUACCGUCGAUCUCGCAUUCAUGGAUCAGGAAGAUACUGAUAUGGCGUCCUCUUCCAAAGUUGUGAAUUCCAAGCGCCCCGGUUCUAAGGACCCUGACCCCGAUGACAUGGAUCCAGGUUCUGACCCUUUGGAAGGACGCGAAGACAGUAUCAAAUGGAUCAAGAAGCAAAUUACGAAACAAGUUGCCAAGUUCGGAGGCAAAUUCGGCACCGACAGGACCUUUCCUUGGAAGCUCAUGCCGAAUGCCCUGGCAGACGACAAUGUUUGCAUCAAGGGUUACCCCGCACACAAGUGUCUCCUGCCAGGCGAGUCACGCGGGAUUACCUCAAGUUCAAAGAGCAAGGGUGUCGCUGGUUUGACACAGAAGGAGGUCACUAUCCUUGUCGAGGCUUUAAAAGCAAAGUCCAUGUAUGUCGAGAAAGUUGACGUUGUGGAUCGAGCGGCAGUAUUGACCUCUCAGCGGCCUGUUAUUUUCGGUGAAGCUCCUCCAUCAGACUACCCUCAUUCACGCGCUCGAUGUCUGUUCGUCGAUGGACAUAUCGACUACAAUGGUCCCCCUCGCAUCAAGUCCAGUACAGCAGUUACUAAAGUCAAGAAAUCUACCACUUCAGUAGGGAAAUCUGUUAUGCGUCUUGAGGUAGUACCUCCCCCAUCACGGCCUUUUAAGGUUGUUGCCUGGCCGCCAGCUCGCGAGGUGAUCGAUGUUCGAUCCUCUUCCCCCGAUUCUCAAGACACAAACGACCAUCACCAACAGGACUCUGAGUCGGAGUAUGAGGAUGCGUCUCACGGAAAGAGGAAGAAGCGGAAGUCCAGUGGUGAGCUGCGUGCAUCAAAGAAGCGCAUAUCACCUGUAGACAUUCUCCCAAAAGCAGGGAGGACAGGUGCACAAUCAAAGGAGACACCAGCGCCGUUACAAUCACCAACAAAAGGAGGACCAUUAUCCCCUGUGACAGUAGAGUCAUCCGGCGACGAUCAAGACCUCCUUGCGACUACUACUAUGCGCCUUCGUGACGGCCCUUCUGAGCAACCUGCGAACACCAAAGGUCGUGUCAAAGCACGACCAGUUAUGAAGGGUUCUCAUUCGAAGACAAAGCCAACGUCUCGUCAUGGCCGGGCCCUUCGUACCAUAUACUCCGAUGGCGACUCUGACGCUAUUGACGACAGGAUCGAAGCCAAGUCCCAGAAACUCUUUCCAAGGAGCGCAGACAACUCUGCGACAAGUUCUGCAGAUGUGCCUGCAGAUACUACUGAGGAGGCGGCUGCACCACUGUCACAGCCAAACACGGAGGUGAACGGUGCACUCCUGCGGUCUACAUCAACUUCAGACGCAGUUCAACAUGAUGUUGCCAGCGAUAUUGGCCAAGUUCUGGGGCAACCAGACACAUCUUUGCCCGCAGAGCAUCUUCCUGUGCCUCCUGGAGGAUCGGGAGGAGGGGUGGUAGUGGUAGUAGGAGGAGGCGGUGAUGUAGGAGGAGGAGGUAAUGGAGGUAAUGGAUUGGUGAGCCGAGGUACCUUGGAUGACGGCUUGACCAGUCGAGCACCACCGGAGCCCCACAACCUCCCCAUGAACACUGAUAGCCAAUCUGAGGAGUCCAUGCGCCGUCGAGAGCAUCUCCAUCGUGAAAUCCGCGAUCCUCGUGAACCUGUCCAUCAACUAUCUCAUGAACCCGACCGUCACGCAUCUCGUGAACCCGACCGUCAAGUUUCUCGUGAACCCAUCCGUCAAGAUCUUCCAGAUAAUUUCCAUCGUGAUCGAAGGAAUUAUCCUUUCUAUGGCUCUCGUGGGCCUCUCCCUCCUGACUCCCGUGGUCCAUUUCCUCCUGACCCCCGCGGUCCUUUCCCUCCUGACCCUCGUGAACGCCUUAAUCGAGAGGUGCAUGAUCCUCGUAUGCCUGGUCGUGGUACUCAUGACGCAUCCUAUCCACUGCAGGAUUACCAACGCCUCCAUCCACAUGAUCUAUACUAUCAUCACAAUGGCAAUGGCCAUGGUCACGAAAGCCCUCCUGAGCACUACGAUACUCGCAACCCUACACGAGAUUUGUCCCCAGUGGCAGAAUCCAGCACAGACCAUGGCAUGGAACGGGAGCGCAGUCGCUCGCAGGCAUACUCCGACCAUGACAGAUAUAGCCCGGCUAUGGACUAUGGAUACACGCGCCGUGAAUAUGGAUACCCUCCCCGUGGUGAUUUUGACGAUCGUAGCCAUGGAAUGCCUCCCCAGCACAGCAGAGGUUACUAUCCUGACCCCCAUGCUCAUGGGAGACGACCUGGAUACACCGCGGACUCCAGGUGGGCCGGUCACGAUUCACGCAGUCCAUACUAUGGACCAAGUCCCAACUCGAGCUCUCAGGCAGAGUACCCAGGCAAGGCGCCUCCUUCUACUUGA